AUGUAUAGCAUUGAUACAGAUUUUGGUCACCCUCACUUUCUACGUCUAAUGGAAAUGAAUGGAGGGACAAUGAAAGACGAAAGUCUAUGCAGUCUCCUCGCAUCUAACAGUUCAUUUGGAAUAGAAAGCAACAACCGUAAUGUGAAUUCACUGCUAAAUAUUGCUCAACUGCAUGAAGAUAAACAGAACAAACUUCAAAGCGAAAACUCGGCGAGUAAUUUUUCAUUAGGACGGAACAAACCACAAAUUAAUAAGCUUGGGAACCGAUCAAGCAGAUCAAGGACCAAAGGAAACAUCAGCCCAUCGACAUAUAAUUGCUCAAAACUUGAAACUCAGAUCAAAUCCCCAAAAACUCGAAACCGGGCUGUAGCAUAUGGAGGUGUGGAUCUUAGUCAAUUACCGGUAAAUACAAUACCCAAAAGCUGCGUAAACGAACCACCUAACCUUCCGAUUUCAUUACAUGAGUCGAUUAGUACUUCGUGUGUAAAGCCGUCAUCAAAUAAAACAAUAAAAACAUGCCUCACUCCGGAAAUGGCAAUGAAGUUGUAUUUUCAUAAACUUAGCGCGUACGAACACCAUGAAAUAUUGAACUAUCCUUAUGUAUAUUUUGUGGGACAUAAUGCAAAGAAAAGAAACGGAAUUUUAGGUACAGGAAAUAAUUGUGGUUAUGACGAUGAUCAGGGAUCCUACAUACAUACUGCACACGAUCAUGUUGCCUAUCGUUAUGAGAUUUUAAAAAUACUCGGGAGAGGUAGUUUUGGACAGGUUGUUAAGGCUUACGAUCAUAAAGAUGGUGUUUAUGUUGCACUAAAAAUGGUGAGAAAUGAAAAGCGUUUCACAAAUCAAGCGACUGAAGAAAUCCGAAUUCUUGAACAACUGAAAAAGCAGGAUGUAGACAAUACGCGUAAUGUCGUGCAUAUUUCCGAACACUUUACUUUUCGUGGUCAUGUUUGUAUAACAUUUGAACUGCUAAGCAUAAAUCUAUAUGAACUUAUCAAACGAAGUAAAUUUCAAGGAUUUCCUCUUCAGUUAGUAAGAAAAUUCGCUCAUUCAAUUUUAGUAUGUCUGGAUAUGCUGCACAGAAAUAAAAUCAUUCACUGUGAUUUAAAACCAGAAAACAUCUUGCUUAAACAACAAGGUAGGAGUGGGAUUAAGGUAAUUGAUUUCGGUUCAAGUUGUCAUGAAAGUCAGCGUCUAUACACUUAUAUACAAUCAAGAUUUUACAGAGCUCCGGAAGUGAUUCUCGGGUGUAAGUAUGGUCUACCGAUUGAUAUGUGGAGUUUUGGAUGUAUAUUAGCGGAGUUACUAACAGGUGCUCCUAUAUUUCCAGGAGAAGAUGAAGGAGACCAACUUGCUUGUAUAAUAGAAUUGCUUGGGAUGCCGCCCCAAAAGCUACUGGAUCAAUGCCGAAGAGUGAGAAAUUUUUUCUCAACAACUUAUGGAUACCCAAGAUACUGCAUGGCUAUGGAUGCAAAUGGCUGUGUCGUACUUCGCAGUAGUAGUACCAAAAGGGGUAAAAUUAGAGGUACUCCUGGAAGUCGGUCAUUAGUCACGGCCCUUAAAGGUUGUGAAGAUACAGUUUUCCUUGAUUUUAUUAAAAAGUGUUUACGAUGGACACCAGAAGAGCGCAUGACUCCACGAGAGGCUUUUAAACAUGAAUGGCUUCGCAGGAAACUGCCGAAACCCCCUGGAUUCAAGAACAUGUCUUCAAGUGUAUCGAACCCCAACACAAUGAACAGAGCCACCCAUACUACACAAUUACCACCUAAUACUUCUACAACUAUUAAUACUGCAUCCAACACAACCACGACAAUUACAGAUAAGACAUCUGUAAGUUUAAAACCCUUUGGGAAAGUUCAAAGUAGUGUUUCAAAGACCGCACGUGUUAGUAAGUUAAAUGGUGAAGGGUGUGUACAUCAAGUUGAAAAUAGUUCUGUGCACGCAGCUGUUUAUGAUUCAUGUGAUUCUACGAAGGCUACAGCCCCAUGCUCUAUCACAAGUACGCCUUUAGCUACAAGUGAACCGAGAUCUAUUACAUCAGUUAGUAAAUCUGCAAGUCAAAUGUACACUAACUCUGAAAUUAACCCAGAAAAUAAAAUAACAAUGACAGUUACGACGGAAUCACUUCAAGAUGUAGGUGAAAGAAUACUCAUAAGAAAGAACACAUUAUGUACCGAUAACAUAAGACAAUCUGAACAUAAAGAACGAUAG